AUGAGCGGAGUUGUGAGCUUUAAGCUAGUGCUGCUAGGCGAGUCGUCUGUUGGCAAGUCCAGCAUUGCGCUGCGCUUUGUCAAGGACCAGUUUGAUGAUUUCCGCGAGAGCACCAUCGGCGCUGCGUUCCUGACGCAGACGGUGCGCCGCGACGACGAUACGACGGUCAAGCUCGAGAUCUGGGACACUGCCGGACAGGAGCGGUACAAGUCGCUUGCGCCGAUGUACUAUCGCAAUGCGCACUGCGCCAUUGUGGUGUACGAUAUCACCGAGGAGGACUCGCUCGAGAACGCCAAGAGCUGGAUCCGCGAGCUGCAGCGGCACGCGGAUGCGAACAUCACCAUCGCCUUGGUCGGCAACAAGCUCGACUUGGCCGAUGGGCGCCGCGUCAUCUCCACCGAGGACGGCGCCAAGUACGCCGAGGCCGAGGGGCUGAUGUUUAUGGAGACCUCGGCCAAGACCCCCACAAACAUCACAGAGCUCUUUGAGGCUGUCGCCAAGAAGCUCCCGCUGGAGCGUGGCAUGGGCGCCGCCAAGCGCCCGGCCACGGGUGCCGGCGCCGCGCAGCAGCGUCCUGCAGGCAGCGCGCCGGUGCAGCUGAACAGUGCGCCCCAGGCACGCGAGGAUGCAUGCACCUGCUAA